ACUGAUUCAAAUUAUAAUGAGGACAAGACAGGUUUGGAUUUGGAUGAGAUAGACUAUAACAAUUGCAAUAUUGACCCAAACAUUGAAUUAUUGGAGAAACAGAUACUGGUACAAAGUUACAUAAA